AUGUCUUCUACUAAUAAACCCUCCCACGUCCUUGCUGAUUUAUGCAUCACCCCAAUGGGGGUUGAGCCUAGUACCAAAGACUACAUCAAAGAGUGUGUAACGAUUUUGCAAAAAUCUAGCUUGAAUUAUAACGUGCAUGCAAAUGGAACCAAUUUCGAGGGUAACUUUGAUCAGGUGAUGUCUACCAUUCGCAAGUGUGUUGAAAGAAUGCACGAAAUGGGGGUUCCCCGUUGCGAAACUAGCAUCCGUCUAAACACUCGUGUCGACAAGUCCAUCACCAUGCAUGACAGCAUCCGUUCCGUGGCUAACGCUGCCCAAGGUUGA